AUGUCGGCCAAGAGGGCGGAACUGAAGAAGACAAGCCUGAGCAAGAACUACAAGGCAGUUUGCCUGGAGUUGAAGCCGGAGCCGAUCAAAACAUAUGACUACAAAGGAGCUAAACAAGAAGGGCCAUUUACCAAACCAGGAGGGACAAAGCAGCUAAAGAAUGAACUCAGGGAAGUGAGGGAAGAGCUGAAGGAAAAAAUGGAGGAGAUAAAACAGAUAAAGGAUGUAAUGGACAAGGAUUUUGAUAAACUCCAGGAAUUUGUGGAGAUUAUGAAGGAAAUGCAAAAGGAUAUGGAUGAGAAGAUGGAUGUUUUAAUAAAUAUACAGAAGAACAGCAAGGUUCCCUUUAGGAGAGGACUGAAGAUGCAGCAAGAACUCAGGCUGAUAGGAAAGACAGACACAGACCCACAGCUCCAGCCCAGGAAAAUGGAUGGAGCUGGUGGAGCACCACUCUCUCUCCACAAAAAGAUGGCGGCACUGCAACAACCAAAAGACCCAAUGGAUUCCCUUCACCAAUGCGACUCCUGCUUUGAGAAAUGUUUGUUGUGUACCCCACAGAACAACUACGAUCGGGGGAAACUUCCAAACCACGCCUGGGCAUCCUUUUCACCCUUGGCGUCUGGACCUGCUUUCUGA